CGGAAUGUUGUACUCUAAUUGAAUUUCCUAUCAAGCACCGUUCACCCGAAAGUUAAUUGCAGUUUGCUCCUCGGUCUGAGCGAGUGAGUGGAUUUGCCUACUUAUAACCUGCCGUCCUGAUGUCAUGCUUGCAACUAAAUAUGUAUUGGGCGAACUGUGUUUCAUAAUCAUAGGAAAUUCAAUUAAAGCAAAACAUUCAGUUAACUGCCGCUAUACAAAAAAUCAGCAGGCUACCUGCAAUUAAACCAUUGAUUGACCCACUUACUUUAGUCCAUUUUCAAAAACCUAAGUUUGUUUGCUUCGUCAGCGUUUUUCGGCACUAUAUACCGAAAUAACCAAUUCCAAUUCUGUUACCGUUUUCUUGAUUAAGUGGUUUGGAUAUUAUAAACAGACAGACGAACGAACAGACGGGGUUUUCACUAUUAUUAAGUAGAUAGGUAUAUGUAUUACGACACUCUAUUGUAAAAUAGCCGCCAUGCUAAAUUUCAGAUUUAGAAGGUACAACGGUCGUGCUUGCAAGCACUGUUAUAUUUGAAAUAAAAAUAAAAAGCUGAAAAGAAACAAACAAUUCUAAUCAACUUUUGAAAAAAAGCAAGAUUGGGACAAAACCGAGAAUUCAGUUCACUUUUGAGUGCGAUAUCAUUAUUACCCAAGUUCUAAAAAUAUAACCUUGACAGAUAUGGUUAUUGAUGGUCGAGUCUUAUCAGCUGCUCUCACGAUAACGGUCCUAUCAUGCAUGCUAGUGUCUCAACAAGCGUCAGCAUUCGACCACUGUAAUCUCAUUGACGACUGUAACCAGUGUCUCAGAAACUUUUCAGAAUGCGCCUGGUGCGCUGACUCCUCCUGGCCACAUCCCCACUGUUUUGUGGCAGGAGCUUGGUAUCUCAACAACGCUACUUGCAACAUGUUAACUAAUUACGAGAGUACUGUCACUGUUUCAAGAGGACCAGAGUUGAAUGAUACAAACCAAGUAACUCCUACCAUGUUCAGUAUAGACCUUAGAGCAAAGCAACCUGUUAGUCAGGUUAUCAAAGUCAGACCGGCUGAAGGUUAUCCGAUAGACUCCUACUACUUGAUGGACUUUUCUUAUUCUAUGAAGGACGAUCUGGAAAACUUAAAACUUUUGGCGGGAAACCUGACCGAAGAGUUCAGGAAAGUCAGCGAAGAUUUCACGAUAGGUUUUGGAACAUUCAUCGACAAAAGGAUAGCACCUUAUUCCUACAUGGACCCGGAGAGACUGAAGAACCCUUGCUUUACUGAUGAAGUUGAUAUGCUUACUGGCGAGCCAUUCUCGUGUCCGCCAUCCUAUUCGUUUAGAAAUGAAAUGAAGCUGGCAAACAGUCUGGAAACUUUUAUAGAUACACUUAAUAAUUUGGGGGUUUCUUCGAACAUUGAUUUUCCUGAGGGUGGCUUUGAAGCGCUUUUACAGGUUGCCGCGUGCUACAAAAAGUUAGGAUUCAGAGAAAAGUCACGUAAGAUAGUAAUAUACGCGAGCGACGCGGGGAUUCACAUUGCAGGGGACGGUAAAUUGGCCGGGUUAGUUAACCCUAAUAGUGGGAAAUGUAGUCUUGAUAAGGAGAAUAGGUACUACGAGAAGGCGGAGCAGCAGGAUUAUCCUACUAUUGAGCAGGUGAACCAGAUGCUGAUCAGAAACAACAUAAUACCGAUAUUCGCUAUAGAGACCGACUACGUAAACCUGUACGAACAGCUGAGUGACCACAUGACCCAGCUAUCUGAUGUGGGGGUCUUGUCACCGGAUUCCUCAAACAUUGUAGACCUUGUCCGAACCGCCCUAUACCGUAUCACAUCAACCAUCAACCUGGUUAUCCUGGACGAUCUGGGCUACGUUAUCAACAUUAAACCACUGUGUCCGGAGAGUGUUCCUAAUGGCUGUACUAAUGUUAAACAUGGGGAGACGGUACAGUUUGAGGUAACGUUCACGUUGGAAAAGUGUAACCCUGACGACCCCCCUGUCAGAGUUAUCCCCAUUAUAAUACCCGGUUUUGAUACUGUCUUCGUCACUAUUACUCACCAGUGUGACUGCGAUUGUUAUAGUAGCGUUCCAGUGGCAGGAGAGGAUGUGUGCAGUAACCAUGGCAGCAGAGUCUGUGGACCUUGUGAGUGCAGAGACCCUUACUUCGGAGAGGAUUGCGAGUGUUCCCCUCGCUACCAGAAAAGUGAUGAACUUUGUAAAUCUGAUCCUAAUACCAACAUGUGUGAGUGCAGACACCCGGCAACACCCCCUGGUGUGGAAACCCCUUAUAUACGGUACGGGGAGUUCUGUGAGUGUUCCAACUACGAGUGCCCUAAGGGGGGUAAUGGUAAGAUCUGCAGUGGGUUAGGAAACUGUAACUGCGGAGAGUGUAUCUGCGAGCAAACAGAGCACGGGGUUCCUAAAGUAGCCACUACGGAGGGGGAAGCGUGUGAUUGCGAGCUGGCUUCAGACAAGUGUUAUAAUCCUUACCCUGACCCAGAGUUGGAGUCAGGAGAGUUACCCUGCAGUGGACCUGAACAAGGGGACUGUCAGUGCAACAGGUGUAUCUGCAAACCUAACUACAGAGGUCGAUACUGUGAGGAAUGUAUUUUCUGUGGACCCCUACAAUGUAGUACUCAUAUCGACUGUGUACUGUGUCUCUCUGUAAAGUUUCCGAAAGCAGAACUUGGGAGGAAUGUGGAUAUCGAACAAUACUGUAAACAAGAGUGUGAUAACAACGGGGUGAAUUACCAGGAAAUGGAUAAAACUGUUGAUGUAGAAAAAUUGAAGAACAUGGAUUUAGAGGACAUGGGCUACCAUGAGGUAGAAGCAUGUGGACAGUACGAUGAUGACGAGUACAACUGCAGGGCUAAUUUCUAUAUAGCUAAAAAAUACAUGUCCUCAACAAACUAUGAACAGAGUUUGAAUAUUACGGUCUUCUACGACAAGGAAAUCGAGUGCGAUGAGUUCGCCCUGAUAUGGAUUAUUUUACUAAUCGUUGGAGCAAUAGUUCUGUUGGGUCUCUUUAUACUCCUGGCAUGGAAGUGUUGGACCACAUACGCCGACAAAAAACUCUAUGCUAAGUUUGAAGAAGAUAUGGCAGCUGCGAAGUGGAAUACCACCCAGAGUCCGAUCUACAAAAAAGCUACAACAAUUCAUUCAAAUCCUUUAUUUCCAGUUCCGGAAACUGAUUUAUGAAAAUCUCAGCAGUGUUAACCGGACAUCAUGUUAUGAUAAAAAUUAAUUUGUUUGAUUGAUUUCUUUAAUUUGUUUAAUUGUUUUCGAAUAUACAUGUAAAUACAGAUAAAUAUAAAAAUGCACAAUAUCAUAAAUGUUUUUCGUGGUACUUUUUGAAUAAUAUAACAAGUGAUUAUCUGCAUCGAAACGAUUAUUAUUUUUCACAGGAUUAGUUAUAUUCCACUCUUACAAGAACAUUUCAUGUUAUAAUUUAAUUAUAUUAUCAGACAUAUUUGUUAUUGAACAUCGGCGCGGUAUAAAUAUACUUCUUUUGCAAAAUGAUGCAAUGAGAGAUUAAUUAAUUUUGCAUUAAGGUUUGACAUGUUGAAGUUAUUUAUUGUAUUUGU